AGCAGUUCACUUGACACAUUGUUGGCUCUUUUGCAAACCGAGGGAGCCAAGAUCGAAGAAGAAACAGAGAACAUGGCCGAUUCAUUCUUGGACGGAUCCUUGCCCCUGGACAGCUUUAUUGAUGACUACCAGAGCAAGAGGAAGCUGGCACAUCUGAGGCGUGUGAAGAUCGAUAAGCUCCAGGAGAUGGUGCUGAAGGGUGUUCAACUUCCUCAGGGUUCCUCUACCGAUCCUCCACAACCUCAGGAGACCCAUAACUCCACCGCACCUUUCCAAAGGCUAGCUAAUGGUUCUCCAGCUCACGUAAGACCAGCGCCAACAUCUCAAGCAUCAGCAAUGCCUUACAACCCUCAGAGCAUCGGUGCUCCUCUGCCAAACACGGUGCCAUCAUAUUCAUGUCUCUACCCACAAGCACUCCCUCAAGGGCCCGGCGCUGGUCUUCCCCCGCGGGCAGGUUUUAUAAUGCAAUGAUGUUCUUCUGCCUGAACCUCUCCACUAGAAUGUGAAAUGUCGUUUUCCUCCCUUUUUCUUUAGAUGCACUUUGAUCGUAACAGGUUUGGGUUUCUGCAGGUCCACAAAGAAUCUGUGCCCACAGAAUUCAGAUGUUCAGCAGAUUUCGGCUCAUUCUCUGCCACUUAUAUGUAUUCUUGGUAUGAACUUUAUUUCACAUGUUCAAUACAGAAAAUGCAGAAAGGUCUACAGAUUGCCUGUUGGUUAAAAAUAUAUUAAUUUCAGUUUGUUUGCAUAACCUAAAAUGCUGUAAGAUGCAGUAAGAUUAUGAUUCAGAAUCAAAAGUUUUAAUCAGAAAAGUAAUGGGGUUAUUGCAUUUCUUCUGUAAAUAUCCUAAUUGAACUGAAAAUGUUCAAAUAGGUCCUUAUGCACAUGUAAGACAACUUUACGGUGUACUUUUAUAUUUUGUGUGGAAACCUUCCUAUUGUCACUGUAACGACAACAGACAAUAUAGGCAUUUUGAACUUCUGGGUUAAAAACUGACCAAAGAUGCACUCCAACUGUUCCAUUGGCGCUCCGUUAAGUGGUUUUGAAUAUAGUGGCUUUGUUGGACUUCAUUUUGAUUUCAUUUAAACAUGAAAUGAAAUGUGGCAUUAACAGACCAGCCUGACAGUAAGUCUGCUAUAGAAAGACUUUCUUAGUGUUAAUCAGACUUUAAUAAUCAGUUUAAUUAACCUAAACUGAAUCAAACUAUCCUUAGACAGCUACCAUAUUAAAAAUAAUAUGAAUAUGAUAUUAUAAAAAUAAUUAGAACACUGUUUACAACAUUACAGAUAUGUAAAGUGAUCUAUUUUGGCGCUGUAUUUCUGAUGAAAUCUGUCUUUGCAGAGAAGUGCAGGUACUUUG